GAAAAACUGAAGAAAAAUAGAAUUUAUUGACUUAAAAAUGGGCAAAGAACGGGGCAGGGGACGCAGAAACCACCAGUCUAGGCCUUAUAAUAAAAGCAAUUGGCGUGGCCAGAAGAAGGAGCGCUCCCAGCACAAUGGAAACCCACGCAACAGAUCAGCGCCACAGCAAAAGUCCACACUGCGCGAGAAUCAGGUGGGCAUAACAGAAUUCACCAAUGCGGAUGCUCCCGGAUUUACGGGCAUUUUGAAAUCGCGCUUCUCCGACUUUCAUGUCAACGAAAUUGAUACCGAGGGCCGCGUCCUGGAACUGAAUGAUUAUACCGUACCAAAGGCCGUAGUAGAACCUGUGGAUCCGCAAAAGUUGGACGAGUGGCGCAAGGAACUGGAGGAGGUGAUUGGCCCAGAUGUCUGGACGGAUAUAGCCAGCUUGGCGAAUGCCAAAUUUGAUCCAAAGACUGAGCAGAAAGUAGAGAUCGAUGUGAGCAGUGUGGACAAAGAGAAGCGAACAAAAAUUCACCAGCUAGUGAAGCAGUUGUACUCGGGAAAGCUAGUCUCCACCACAUUGGGCCAGACGCAGGCUAAGGAGAAGCCGCAGGAGGAGCAGAAGGUGCCAGCGGAGGAAGCAGCCCCAGUGGAAGACAAGAAAACCAUACGCAUAAUAAAACCAAAGCAUGGCCGCGGCGACAACCGGUGGAACUUUCCUGGAGAGUUUGUCACUUUCCUGGUGCACAAAACGAAUAUAGAUACCAGUGAGGUUGCCUCCACCCUAGCCUCUCGCCUAAACUUACGACCCUCGCAGGUCAACUAUUGUGGGACCAAAGACAAGCGCGCCAAGACCACGCAAAACUUCUCCAUCAAACGCCGCUCGCCCGAGAGCAUAAUCAAUGCGGCACGAGCGAUCCGAAAUGUCUUUUUUGGCAACUUUAACUUCAGAUCAACGACCCUAAAGCUGGGUGAUCUGCAGGGCAAUCGUUUUCGCAUUGCUUUGCGCCACAUAGCCAAGGAGCGGCAGGCAGAUAUCGAGGUUUCCCUGGAGUCCCUCAAGGAGCGCGGCUUCAUCAACUACUAUGGUCUGCAGCGGUUCGGCAACAGUGCCAGUGUGCCAACUUAUGAGGUAGGCGUGGCCCUGCUAAAGCGUGACUACAAAUUGGCAUGCGAGCUGAUCCUGAAGCCCCGUGACACUGACAUCGAGUUCAUGCGAGCUAUUCGAAAGGAAUGGUGGGAGAAACGUGACUCUGCGGCGGCGGCCGCAAAGUUCUUUGGCGACAAGUUCAUCGAGAAGAAGCUGCUGGAUGGCCUCGCCAGAUUUGGGGAGACCGACUAUUCCUCAGCAUUGCGGCAAAUACCACGCAACAUGCUGAUGCUGUAUCCGCAUGCCUAUCAGAGCCUGAUCUUUAACCGCAUCGCUUCGCGAAGGAUCAAGGAGUUCGGCCUGAAGCUGAUCCCCGGCGACUUGGUUUAUGUGGAGCAAUCGGAGCCUAUGGAGGAGGAGAACCAGAUUGAGGCUGCGGAGACCGAAGCUGCGGAGACUGACGAAGGAGAUCUUCCAGAAGGUGUCGAAGAGGAUGUCGAUGUCGCCCUGGAAGAGGAAUCGGUGUUCAAGCGCAAGGUGCGCCCACUGAGCGAGGAGGACAUUGCCAGCGGCAAGUAUAAGCUCUCCGAUGUGGUCCUGCCCCUGCCCGGUCACGACAUAACAUAUCCAGCCAACGAGUGCGGGGCGUGGUACGAGGAGAUGAUGGCCGAAGUGGGACUCUCCUCGGAGUUGCUCAAGCAUAAGGAAAAGACCUAUGCCCUGGGGGGUGCCUACCGCAAGAUGAUCAUUCAGCCAAACGACCUGAAGUGGAGUUUCAGGCGGUACAACACUCCCGAGGACACACUGAUAGCCUCCGACUUUGAGUUGAUGAAGGGUAUUCCCAUCACCGCAGAACCAUCUGAGGACGAUGCCAAGUAUCUGGCCCUCGUGCUGGAGUUCUCAUUGCCCACGGCUGCCUAUGCCACAAUGCUGCUGCGCGAGCUGUUCAAGCAGGAUACCUCGACGGCCACACAAAUGCAGCUGGAGCAGGAGGCGUUGACUAAGAAGGAGGAUAAAGAUACCCCAACAGAUAGCCUACCAAUUGAGGAGGAAAUAGCGGAGGGGGAGACUGCAGCGGAGACUGUGCCAGAGACGGUGGAGCCUGAUAAGGAGGUGGCGGAGGGCCAGUAACGUACCGCAGCAGAAAUGAAAUCAAUAUACUCAGGGAAAUCAAUUUUACGCGCGUUGUCCGAUGCUCCCGUUACAUUUGUAUGUAACUUAGAACCAACCACAACAAUAACAAUGCGCACGUGAGAGGGGUGUAAGUUCGUUUCCGCUCUCUCUCCCGGUGCUGGGUGCUCUCUGGCGUCCAGGCACAAGGUAUAUUCAGUAUAAGAUAAGGCCCGCUCUUUGUGCGGCCGAGAACCCACCCUCUUUCUCUCAUUCCGAUGUAUGUUUGGGCCUUACCGUCUAUUCAAUAUGCCCUGACCAAGCAGGACCAGGACAUUUUAUUCGUUGCUGCAUUUAUUCGUAAGCUGGCAAAGCGAAAGCUUUGGACGCGGCGCAGUUUACCCCUGUCCAACCGUCGCACGUCUCUGUGUGUAGUUUAAACAAAAUCAUUUCAAUGCAGAAUAAUAUACAACUACCAUAAAUCAACUUUUGAAAAAACCCAAUUUAACCGUUACAAGUGCAUCGCAAAUAAAAACAAAUAAAAGCAA